AUGAAGCUAAUGACUGCGAACUUUUUGACAUGCGCUGUCAAAGGAUGCAAGACAUCACCAGCAUCCUUCCCGCUUCAUUUUCGCGAUGCCGAGCUUGAACUUCAGGAACUUGACUUUCAACAAGAUUUCAUACGCAAUAUCGUCCCUCGUGUUGACUGGGAUGGCCUUCGAGUAACAGCGAACGAACUCGGAUUUUCGCAUUUACCAGAGAAGAGGCCUGAGGGUGAGGCUCUCAAUGAUGAACAGACAUUAAAGGAUUUGCACCGACUACUACUGGAGACCCAUAUCCUUGAAGGGAAAUUGGUGUGUGGAAACUGCGGUCACGAAUAUAUGAUCAAAGAGGGCAUUGCAAAUUUUCUUCUACCGAGUCACUUGGGUCUGAAAUACUCUUGCUUUCCUGCAUUAUAUGCUCCUGCUAAUAUCCAAAUUUCAGUCUAA